UGUGUUCGAGUAUAAGAGCAGAAAUGGGUCCCAUUUCUCCAUUUUAGUCAAUUCUGUAGAACUGUAGAAGUGACAUUUCCGCUUUUCCCUCCUCUCCAGCCUCGGUUAUCAAGUCUUCAAAUUCCCUUUCGUUGUCCUCUACCGAGAAACCCAUAAAAACAAGAUUUUCAGCUAAUCAAUCGUUACAGAAACGCGCACAAAUAGAAAAAGGGAGUUGGAUGGAACCGAAGUUUGCUGCGAAGCCUACACCAGCAGGGCCAUACGUUCCAGGACGCACUGAUUUGGAUAGGAUGCCGGAGACCCCAACUCGGGGAGCCCACCACCGCCGGGCCCACUCCGAGACCUUUUUCCGUUUCCCGGACCUUGAUGACAUCCUUCUAGACGACGUGGCUUCAAACCUUAACUUUGACCUCCCCCCAAACCCAACAUCCCUCCCUAAUGGGCUGACGGCUCAGCCGACGUGGUCUAAUGACAGUGAGAGUAGGCCCGUAAGCCAUGGGUCCCACUUCCGGAGCCUUUCGGUGGACGCCGACUUCUUUGAGGGGCUUGGGUUUGAUGGGCCGGCGCCGUCGACGGAGGAGAACAAUAAGGUGGGCCAAGAGAGCGGUGGGCCGAGACAUAGACACAGCAAUUCGAUGGAUGGAUACGGUAGUGCAACGUCGGUUGACGAGGAUUCUAGUGCAAAGAAGGCGAUGGCAGCAGAUAGACUUGCCGAGCUUGCCUUGAUUGACCCAAAAAGAACUAAAAGGAUUCUUGCAAAUAGACAAUCUGCUGCACGAUCAAAAGAGAGAAAAAUUCGAUACACAAGUGAGCUGGAGAAGAAAAUACAGACCCUGCAGACAGAAGCAACAAAACUAUCUGCACAGGUCACUAUAGUGCAGAGAGACUCUACUGGGUUGACUGCUGAGAACAAGGAACUCAAAUUGAAGUUACAGGCUCUCGAGCAACAAGCUCACCUUAGAGAUGCUCUGAGUGAAACAUUGAGGGAAGAACUGCAGCGUCUGAAGAUAGCAGCAGGCCAAAUUCCUUCUACUAAUGGAAACAACAGAGGAUUGCGACCCCCAUUUUCAUCCCAACCACAGGCUUUCAAUCCUUUCAGUAACUACCAGGCACAGCAGCAGUUUCAAAUGCCACAUUCUGCCUCUAAUAACCCCAGCCUGAGUAUGCAGCAUCAACCUAGCUAUGGGGAUUUCAAUCAGGGAGUCUAAAGACAUCUCAGAGACCAUACCUUCUAAGUCAGUAUCUAGAAAUGGGAUGAGAAUGCUAGGCUCAUUGAACUUUUGGCGAAAUUUCAUGUGUCAUUAUCACUUUGUACAGUUGGGUCACCAAACUUCAAGUUUGUUACAAUUUGGUUGUUCUGCCCAUGUCCAUUAGUUUGAUUAGUGAAAAAGAUGGCGAGGCAGUGCAUUUGAAAAUUAAUCGGACUCUGCCAUGUCAACUUUUGUGCUGAUCAAAGUAUGUCAUGUGCAGGGAGUAACGGAAUUAUAUCAAAUUUGAGUUCAGUGACCAACUUGAACGACUAAAAAGGUUCGGUAAAAAGUGUAGUGACCCAAGUGGAUUUAAUCCAUUUAGAAAUGGAAAAUAAUUUAUUGCAGUGGGAGAUUGUAUAUAUGAACAUGUAUACAUGCAUAUAUUGUAGCUCGAGUGUUAGGUAUGAUGGAGUACAUAGAGCAUGUUAUUUGAAUCUUGAUUUGAA